ACGAGAUAAACGUCCUCUUGCCUCCGCCGAGCUGCUGCAGCGCCCCGCGCACGAGGAAAACACGGUGUCAUUACGGGAUAUAACUGUUUCCUUUCACCGGCGAGCUUCGUCACAGGAAAAAAAAAAAAAAAAAAAAAAAGGGUUGAGAACGUCUCCAGCUCCUCGGUUAUGGUCCCGGCGCGUCGCUCCGGCGGUGAUGUGAGCUGAGCUGGCGGGACGCCGCAGAGGAGCUGUCCGUCUGUCGAGGUGCUGAUGCGGCUGUGACAGAAGCGAGCAUGGCUGCCGGGAAGUUGCUGCUGUACGCCGGGCUCUCUCUGUCUCUGUGCGCCCUGGGCAUGCUGGCCGUGGCGAUGUGCUCCGACCACUGGUACGAGACCGACGCCAGGAGAUACCGGGACCGCUGCCGGAGCUUCUCCAGCCGCCGCAAGGACCCGGGAUUCAUCUACAUCCCCAACAACAGCCUGCCGCUGCGGGCCAGCCGGAGCAGCCCGCCCCGCUGGGAGGAGAAGCUGCUGCUGGCCCGGAACCGGCGGCAGCUGUUCGCCAUGAGCGCCGCGGAUGAGUGCAGCCGGCAGUACAACUCCACCAACAUGGGGCUGUGGAGGAGGUGCCACCGGCUGGGCUUCGACCAGGAGAUCGAGGACCUGAUCCGGAAAGGUUCCAUCGCACGGUGCUCCUACAUCAAGUAUCACUACUCCUCGGCUACGAUACCCAAAAACCUCUCGUACAACAUCACCAAGACGAUAAGGCAGGACGAGUGGCACUCCCUCCACUUGCGGAGGAUGACGGCGGGCUUCAUGGGCAUGGCGGUGGCCAUCAUCCUGUUCGGCUGGGUCAUCGGCGUGCUCGGCUGCUGCUGGGACCGAGGACUCAUGCAGUACGUGGCCGGACUCCUCUUCCUCAUGGGAGGAACUUUCUGCAUCAUCUCCCUCUGCACCUGCGUCGCCGGCAUCAACUUCGAGCUGUCCCGUUAUCCGCGGUACCUGUACGGUCUGCCCGACGACAUCGGCCACGGCUACGGCUGGUCCAUGUUCUGCGCCUGGGGCGGCCUCGGCCUCACCCUCAUCGCCGGCUUCUUCUGCACCCUGGCCCCCUCUGUCCAGCCAAUACCCCGAUCCACCUGCCCCAAGUCCCGACAGGAGAACGGCACCGUCUGCUAAAGACGACCGACUGAACCCCCAAAAUCAACA